AUGGGGCAAGAGUGCCUAUACCCGGGUGACCGUCUGAUAAUUCAACUUUGGGGCGCACGCUCCCGCACCUGCACAAGCGAUGAUCGUCCGUCCUUCCCCGCUGUGUCGUCCAGGAAGCCUUUAGAGGGAGAGAGGGGGGAGGGAGGAUGGGACAGAAGCUUGGCCACCCCCGAGCUGCGCCAAACGGCACCUUGCAAAGUAUGAAGAGGCCCAAGGAAGUGGAAAUCUGCAGACAAUCUCUGUGAAAUGUCCGAAGCAACAGGGUGCAACCACCGGUGAUGUUGUUGUUUACACUGGGUGCAAGCACUAGGGCAUCUUCUGGGGUAGGCCGCAAGAAGGCGGGGAAUAUGUAGAGCGAGCAAGCUCAGCAGGGGAUGGGUGAUGAAUAGCCUUGAGCAAGAGGAUGUGCGGCCACCCCAUCGUGUUCUCGUCAACGGGAGGACAAUGCGAGGCAGAGUACCGGCUACAGCCUCCAGCGAGCCCCGCCGCUCAUAGUGCGGUCUUUCAGCGGCUGACGAUGUCGUGCUCGACCUCUCACCUGGCGCCGCACGUAUCGAGGCCGUUACCGGAUCUCGCAACUCCACCCGAGCUGCUCGGAAUGACCACCUUUCGUAUGAUGCGGAGUGGAGAGAUCCAGGGAGAAGGUUGGGAAUCCUGAGCCACCGUGCCCCGCCGGAGAGACUGGUGAACGUCACAGCAGAGGCGGCCACCCCCCGCCCGCAUGAAAAAUGCUUGGCCAUGCUCUCUUUACCACGAAAGCCUGAGUCGGGGCAUCAGAUCAUUGCUAGCUCAUUGCCCGCGCGGGCAAAUGUAUCGAUGCAAGAGGCUCGUUAGCCGCGCUUGAUGCAGGUGGGAGCAAGUUCCUACAUGGAGCCGCUUCAUACCUUGGGUGGCGAGGACACGUUUUUCUGUGAAGAUGGAGUCCUCCCCCAGAAGCUGUUGCUGGAUUUUCGGACAGGGCUAGCGGAUUCCCAUUCCCUUGGAGAUCCCAAAGCUGGAGACGACGGGGGGGACAAGAACAACGUCUUUCUGCGACAGUUAGACUGUUGUACACCAGGUGUGUCCGAUCCCGACGAGCCUGUGCAGCGACUGGGGUUGGGAUCUACAGCACAAAGAGCAUUAGACUAUGUGGCCAGAGGAGGCCGGAUAGAAACCCCUGCGUCUAGACAGCAUACCGUAUAUGACUCAAGAUAACACACCCCCUGGACCGAGUUUCAAAGCUCGAUUACUCCACGACGAAGAGGAUGCAUUAACGAAACGAUAUAUUUUCGAAAAGCUCUCGACGAGACGGUUUCAACACCGCCGCUUUCGGCGCUGUGACUGUUCCUGCAGUUAAGAAAUUGAGCUUCGAAAACUGGCCAAGGGGGUGUGUUAUCUUGUGUCAUGUACGGUAGACAGGUACAGGUGAGGACAUGUCGGAGGGUGUGAAGGGUUCGCUGGUGGCUAUGUACCGUACUCUGCCAACAGAGUAACGUUCAGGUACUUGGUUUCGUUUGUUGUGGCUGACGCCACGCUGUCUUAUUCUACGUGUAGUGCCACACCAUCCUCUCUACAACUUCGCCGCUUCCCGUUGAAAACUGUUGUUAGUUGGUCUGUCGUUGUACUUUUUUUUUUUUCCAUCAUUGGACUCUGUCGUCUGCCCCUCUGGCCCCUAUCCUCCACUUCUACUAGCUAGACGACCCAACCGGGGUCACAUAGGAGGGGGGGGGCUGGACCCCCUCCUGCGGUUCCUGCCUGGGGUAUUUAUAUCGCGAGAAGGGUACAGCAAUCCCUUCCCUCGCGACUUACGAAGUCGAUUAUGGUUUACUAAGAACGUUGUACUGCUGUAUUAGUUUGAAUACAAUUCUACGGCGUCGCCAUUCAUAUUGAAUCACGGGAAGCUCAAAGGAGUUUAGCUGGACUUGCCGCUGCUGCACCUAUUGGUAGGUUCUUCUUUAGCCAAGAAAUAGGGCGGGCUGGGGCUCCUUCUUUGAGUACUGCAUGUUUUGUUGUUCAGACACGCGGGCUUGACGGGGCGUUGACAAAAAACUCUUGGCGCAUUCACAGCCAUCUGUCUCGUUCGGAAGUGCAUGUUCGAAGGCGUGGUUUGCAUUGACGGUGGCAGCACUGCUGUACCUGGCGGUCAGUCGUUGACUUCGACCGCGUUCUGUGGUUUUGCCUUGAGGUCUUGGAUCUACAGCAAUAUGUUGCCAACGGUACGAGGUCUCAUCCGUCGUACGUUGAAAUCAGGAUGGGUGCGAAAAGGGGAAUGCCCAUGCUUCAGCCCGUACAAGUUGAAAAGAGAAACCGUAAAGGUGGAAGACUUUCUUACUCUUGGAAACUAUUUAUUCCUUCGCCGCCUAUUUUGGGCCGCCCUGAUACACACCAGUUGGAUGGGCUUCGGUCCCAACCAGCGCAACAACUCAAUCAGGCCUCGGAUUUAUACUUAACCAGCAGGAGAUCUCGGACAUGUCCCAUUCUGCAUUCGUAGGUAGGUUUUGUGCCCUUACUGUACUCUGGGCCAGACAAAUGUCAUGUCAUCACAGCUGAAGGUGCUGGUACUUGAAGCCUCUCUACACAGCUCUCAGCACCAAGCUUCACGUGUCAGGUCUGAGUCGAAAAGAGAUGACGGCAUCGCUCGGGACUCGGCACAAGAAAUCGAGGGACAUAUAGCAACGACACAGAAAGGUUGUGGCAACUUUGGAUUCCCACCAUGAAGUCUCACCAGCGAUUGUUCAAAGGUAGCUGCGGAGCAAUGGUAGCGGAGAAUCACGCCCUGCACGUGUUCUUUCUCCAAAGUUGUUGAAACAUCCCGAUGCGACCGAAACCUACAUCCGAUCUCAGUGAGGGUCAGCAAGGAGCCGACCCCUCAGCGCCAGGUUCAUAUCGACCAGGAUCCAAAUUAUUGACACUAUCUUGUUGACCUGUAGAGGAUACCUGCAACUAUCGAUAGAAUGCUGCAGAGGUUUUGGAUCCCAGCUCCAGGGAGAGCUGUUGAGGAGUGAACGGCUUUCCUCAAGGUCUAAGCGUCUCUGGGUACUCUGCAAUCGUCGUCGUGCAACAAAAGAAGCAAAAGGCAAACUUGUGCUGGCUGAAGCACGGAUUGGUUUAUGUUCGGGCUUGAGGCUCUCUCUGCACGCAUAGAGGGAAGGCGUUGGGGCUGUUCCCGCUAUUCUUCGGGCAGCCUGCAGCAGUGUACAACACAUGAAUGAACGAAGUACCCGCGUGCUAUUCCGCUUUCGCCACGACCUGCCCGCCCACCCACCCACCCCACCCCCCUGUGUACCUCUCAGUGAUGAUAGUCAAGCGGUCAGCGCACUUGUUCUUCUCGGCGGCGUGGGAGGGGGGGGACAGGGGCGGGAGCUGUUUCUUGGCCUCGCUUUCACUUGCUCGGGAAAGUAGUUAGCAACCUCCUGGACCAGCAGAACGCGCGGGGCUGAUGUGGAGAACGCGGAAGGAGAAGGACGAAGAAUUGGUCUUGAUGUCUAUUCCUGGAAGAGUGGCGAAGCAAUAUAAUACAAAGGCAGGGGGAGAGCAAGUCCUACAAUAGUACUAACACGGCAAGCGGAACAAGGGUGUUUUCUGCCGUGUAUAAUGCGCGAACCAUCACAAACGUUUGGGUCGAUUUUAGGUCGAACUCGCACAGAACUUCAUCAGUGUACGUAGCAAGUACUUCGCGUUCGUUCGUGGACACGAUAGUAAUAGCAAUGGGUGCGGUUUACAUCUAUUUUAUUAUGCAGGGUGUUUUCCUUUGCAAUACUGCCGUUGUGCUGGAGCGGUAGUUUUGUUUUCGGGAUUUGGUCGAAUUGUUGUCCCGCAUGAAACGCUUGUGCGUGUCGUCCAUGUUGUGAUGAAGGCAAGGAUUGUCGCAAGAUGAUGGUAGGCACAAGAAAUAUGGCGACGACCCCGUAGCCAGCCCCGGCCUGCUGUCGUUUGAUCA